AUGAGGACUCUUCGAUCAGAGUCAAAAAUGAAGGGCAACAAGUUCAGCAACACCUUUGAAGAAGCCAUUAACCUUGAUGACGACGAUUUCGUGAACAUUCAUUCAGGAGGUUCUAGUGUGGUGAUGCUUAGCAGGGAACCAUUAGCAAAAAAGAAGGUGAAAACGAGAUUUGAAAAAGGCGAAUCAAGUGUUAGUGUAAGUAAGAAAAAGAAAAGGAAAGAUGAACAUUAUGAAGAUAGUGAAGCUGAUGUUGAUGUUAAUCUUACGUAUGCGGACAAAGUAGUUUUGAAUGGCUAUAAUCUCCGCAGAUCAAGGCCAUUGAUAAAACAGAUUGACUCAGUGGAUUUGGAAAUGUUGGAGGAGCAUGGAUUGAGAAAUGGAGAAUUUGGAACAUUGGAGAUUCGUGUAGAUGGGGAAGUGGAUCCUAUUGAUGUAAAUGGUGAUGAGGAUAAGGUGGAAGAUGUGGAAUCAAUUGAAAAGCUAUAUAGUAGGAUCUGUGAAGAUAAGGAAAAAAUUGAAGAAGCAAUUAAGAAGCGGUUAGAAGAGGAUGCGAAUGAUGAUGUGGUAAAAGAGUGGUUACGAAAGGUGCAAAACUUUUUAAUGAAAAGAAUGUGGAACAUGUAG